CCGCCGCCGCCGCCCACCGCCCACUGGCCCUCCGCUCACGCCGAGCCCCCCGCUGCCCCCGCCGCAGGUCAGUUCUGGCACGUCUCGGACUUGCACUUGGACCCCACGUACCACCUCACGGACGACCAUACCAAAGUGUGUUCUUCGUCCAGGGGCGCCAACGCCUCCAACCCCGGGCCCUUCGGGGACAUCCUGUGCGAUUCUCCUUAUCGCCUCAUCUUGUCGGCCUUCAGUUUCAUGAAUCGCUCGGGCCAGCCGGCCUCCUUCAUGAUAUGGACGGGGGACAGCCCUCCCCAUGUGCCGGUGCAAGAACUGUCCACCAACACGGUCAUCAGCGUCAUUGCCAACAUGACGGCCACCAUCCGGAGCCUCUUUCCUGGCCUACAGGUGUUUCCCGCCUUGGGAAACCAUGACUACUGGCCCCAGGACCAACUGCCUAUUUCUACCAGCGAAGUGUACAGUGCCGUAGCCAACUUCUGGAAGCCGUGGCUCUCUGAGGAUGCGCUCCGGACCCUGCGCAAAGGUGGCUUCUACUCACAGACCCUUCCGUCCAACCUCAGCCUUCACCCCCUCCGGAUAAUCAGUUUAAAUACGAAUCUAUACUACAGUCCCAAUGCUGUGACCCUGAACUUGACCGACCCGGCUCACCAAUUUGAGUGGCUGGAGGAGACGUUACAAGGCUCCCGGCAGAAGAAGGAAAAGGUGUACGUAAUAGCUCACGUCCCGGUGGGCUAUCUCCCGUACGUAAGCAACACCACGGCCAUGAGGGAGUAUUACAACGAACGACUGGUGUCCACGUUCCGCAAAUACAGCGAUGUCAUUUUGGGACAGUUCUAUGGCCACACCCACCGGGAUAGCCUCAUGGUCCUGGCGGACGAUCAAGGAAGGCCCGUGAAUUCCCUGUUCGUGGCCCCUGCGGUCACCCCAGUGAAGACCGUGUUCGAAAGGCAGACCAACAACCCGGGCGUCAGGCUGUACCAGUAUGAUCUUCUGGAUUACAGCCUGCUGGACCUCUGGCAGUAUUAUCUGAACCUGACCGAGGCCAACCUGAAGGAAGAAUCCAACUGGAAACUGGAAUACAUCCUGACUAAAGCGUACGGCGUCAAAGACCUGCAUCCCCAAAGCCUGCACGGCUUGGCUAAGCAGUUUGCCCGCCUGGACAGCAAGCAGUUCCAAAAAUACUACAAUUACGUCUUCGUGAGUUACAACAGCAGCGAGGUUUGCAGUGGAGAGUGUAAGACGAGACAAGUGUGUGCGAUCCUGAAUCUCGAUCGGACUUCCUACACGGAGUGCAUCGGGCGGGGGGAGAGGCCUGGUCAAGACCCUCAGGCUGACCAGUAGGGGUUUCCCCCUCGACCUCCAUUGGCUCCUCCAACUUGACGCUUCUCUGCUCUGUAUUUGCCGAGUACCCAGCACAGUGCCCCGGUACCAAGUGGGCAUUCAAUAAAUACACCUGUUACUACUG